AUAAUAAUUAAUCACACAAUAAAAUCCCCACCCUGUCUGCUUCACCAUUAAAAACCAUUCUCUCAAUUGAUCCAAUCUUUUCAUAUUCAUACAUGUCAUCACAUAUUUAGAUUUCAUGCAAGAAGCAAUUCCUUAUAAAUCAUAUAUGGCGGCCACCGCCGUCGGCAGCCGCUCGCCGCGCAAUUUUCUUGAUGAUGCUAAAAAUGGUGGGGGACUUGUUACCAAUGGUACUGAAAAUAGUGUUACGCAAUCGGUUGUGGAGAAUGCGGUGGUAGUUUUUGGCAGACGUGGUUGUUGCAUGUGCCAUGUUGUGAAGAAGUUGCUACUAGGGCUUGGGGUGAAUCCGGUGGUUUUCGAAGUCGACGAAGAGAAGGAAGAGGCUGUGCUGAAUGAAUUGUCAGUAAUCAAUGGUGAUGGAGGUGGAAUUCAGUUCCCCGCUGUUUUCGUUGGAGGGAAAUUGUUUGGGGGAUUGGAUAGGGUUAUGUCUACUCAUAUAUCAGGUGAAUUGGUGCCUAUUUUGAAAGAUGCUGGGGCUUUAUGGCUCUGACUUAUGAAUCUGUUUCUAGUCUUGUUUCUGUUCUCCUUGUUUCUUUCUUCUUCUUUUUUUUUUUUUCCUAAUGUCUCGAGGGAUUGGAUCGGAACAUAUACUAAGGAGAGAAGUGUUUCACUCCAGGACUUUCAUGUGGGUUAUUCGGUUUUAUUUUACAGUUGGAGUAGAUCAUAUAAAUUUCUUUAAAAUGAACGGAAAUCGAAUGCAAGAUUCAUGGAAAGCUCUUCUUCUUUUUGCUUUUUCUUUUGGAAAACUAGAAACAGAAGAUAAAACUGUCGCCUUUUUGUUUUUAAUGAUCUUUCUUUUUGAAGCUAAAGGUUGAUAUGAUUCAUGAGGAAAUAGAUUCCACACGUAAUACCUGGAUUAGGAUAGUCCUUAAGAUUCAAGAAAUUAAUCAAAACCUAGUAAAACCCAACAAUUCAACGACCAUAAAUUUGUCAAAAUAAGCAAAGUUAUUACGUAAUUUAAGCAUAGACAAAGUUCGUGCUGCAGAAUUGUAUAGGCGAGUCAUGUUGCCUUAAGUAGACUAAUUACCACAAAAACAAAGGACGUAGGGGAAAAAAAUAAAU